UAUCUUCUUUAUUUAUUUACACGUAUAAUUCUAUAAAAAGAAUUAAUUAAAUGAAAAUUUUGUUGGUAGAACUUAAAAAUUAACUAACAGAAUAUAUUUUUUGUCUACUAUUGACAAUCGCUUGUGGCACGAAUGUCACAAUUCAUAGUUAUUGUUUCCUAGCUACUGAUAUGAAAAAUUGGCCCUUAGAUUUAAAUCCGAAAAUCAUUGUUUCUAACAUUAUUUUAUUAAUAUUCAACUUAAUAAUGCCAAAUUAAUAUAGACAUACAAUUUUAUAUGAAAAUGAUUGGUCGGUUAAAAUUACCGUUUAAUCGAAGUUGGGUAACAUGUCCACUCGCUAUGAACGCGCUUUUAUCCCAAAUAGAAUGUGGUGGUGGGGCCGAGAAGUGCUCAGAGAUAACCACACAAUUGAAGAAUGCAGAGGGAUUAAAUUUUCACAGCAUAAUUUUUGUGUCGCCUGACUCUACAUUAGUGUCACAAAAUGAAAGUACUGUUGUUGAUUUUAGUCAGUCUAACGGGCAGACGCUUAUUUCUGAAUGGCUAAACAAAUACGGUUUUAAAAACACCAAUAUGUGCAAAUAUCUUUCGAGAACGACGGAUUAUGCACUAGUUAAUAUUGCUGAGUUACAGAUGCCGUGGUUUAAAUCAAAAGGGUCUAAUCCAGUUAUGACAGUAUAUAAUAGUUAUAGCUAUACGGAAGAUAUAAAAUAUGAGGCUAGGUUACUCAAGCUUCCAUUGGAUUAUGGAAGUUUUAAACUGGUGAUGGUUGUACCAACUGAAAAAGGCACGGUUUGCGGUCUGUUCCAAAGACUAGUUGAAAAUGGUGUUAGCUCUGCACUCCAGUCCAUUCAACCGCUGUUUACUGUAAUAUCUGAUUUGAAAUCCCCAAACAUUAAUUUUUACGAAGAAAAUGAAUUUAUGUUAGAGGUAUACACUCCCAAAGCAGCAGCCAACCCGAUACUCAGUCAUGUGCUAGUUUUGCACACACACAAAGAUUUUUAUUCACAAUCAUGUAUAACGAUUUCGCAAUGUUUACUGGACAGUAUGUGUCUCAUUAAAAUUACUCUUUUAAAUUUGUAUUUAAUUCAAACAAUUAUGCUUUUUUCCCUUCUGAGAUUCAAGAAACGGGUAAAUAAUUGUUGGAAAUUGCAGUUUUUAAUAGUAAUUUUCAUAUUUUACGAUAGCCUAAAUUUCGUUACCUCUUCAAAAGGUAGAUACUGAUGUGUAGAGGCGAAUAAAUGUUUUUAUCUGGACCCAUAAAAGACCAGAUUAUAGGAAUAUAAGUUUCUGUGGUAAUUAAUAAAAACAAAAUACAUUUUAAAGUAAUCGUUUAUUGAAAUGAUUAUUCCCAAUUCAAUACAACAUUGAAGGAUGGCCAGUGUCUACGUUUCACGUAAAACACAAAGAUCGUGAUACAAAAAUGAAAUGAUACAUGACAUGACACCGGUCUGCGCUCAAUGGUGACUCCUCAAGGCACUUAAGGUUUUGUUUGCUUUAUUUUUAAUGGCAAGUCGAAACUUUCAAGAAAAGCUCAGGCUACAGAAAUGAAGGUAAGCAGAAACACAGACCGGCCAAGGCUACAAAUUAUUGCUUAUCUGUCUUCAACUGAAUUUUUACAACUAGCAACCGUUAUCGGACCAAAAUCUAGAAUAUAUCUAUGCAAAUCCUUUAAAAUCAGUCUGAUCUAGUUAUGGAACUUUGUUUAUGCACAAUAACAAUUGCAUCUAUGUGGAUCAAUUUUGACACAGAACAGGGUCGAAAUAAAUAUUGGCAAGUAAAAUUGCUAGGAAAAUAAAUCUGCACAACCCGCUUACACCACAAAAAGUACAAAAGUCCCCCGAACUUAUUACCUAACAUUUCACUAAUCUGAACGCUAUCCGAACCUCAAGUAGCAUUAAAUAUUACGCUUCUAUAAAUGCACUUCUUGUUACAAUUUACAAUUUUAAUUACAACGGUUCAG